GCCAUGGUCCCAGAGGACGACUUUCAUCACAGCUCAAACUCCACCUACAGAACCGCAAGCAGCUCUCUCCGAGCUGACCAGGAAGCGCUGCUUGAGAAGCUGCUGGACCACCCGCCGCCCGGCCUGCAGAGGCCCGAGGACCGCUUCAAUGGUACCUACGUCAUCUUCUUCAGCUUGGGCAUUGGCGGCCUACUGCCAUGGAACUUCUUUGUCACUGCCAAGGAGUACUGGAUAUUCAAAUUCAGCAACUGCUCCAUCCCGGCCACAGCGGAGGAACCUAAGGGCUCGGACAUCCUGAACUACUUUGAGAGCUACCUUUCUGUCGCCUCCACCGUGCCCUCCGUGCUGUGCCUCAUGGCGAACUUCCUGCUUGUCAACAGGGUUUCCGUUCAUGUCCGAGUGCUGGCCUCGCUGACUGUCAUGCUGGCCAUCUUCGUGGUGAUGACUGUGCUAGUGAAGGUGGACACCUCCUCCUGGACCUAUGGCUUCUUUGCUGUCACCAUCGUCUGCAUGGCGAUCCUCAGCGGCGCCGCCACCAUCUUCAACAGCAGCAUCUUCGGCAUGACCGGCUCCUUCCCCAUGAGAAAUUCCCAGGCACUGAUAGCAGGAGGAGCCAUGGGGGGCACCGUCAGUGCCGUGGCCUCCCUGGUGGACCUGGCGGCGUCCAGCGACGUGACGGACAGCGCCCUGGCCUUCUUCCUGACCGCAGACAUCUUCCUUGGCCUCUGCGUGGGGCUCUACCUGCUGCUGCCCCGGCUGGAGUACGCCAGAUACUAUCUGAAGCCUGUUUGGCCAGCCCACGUGUUUUCUGGUGAAGAGCAGCUGCCCCAGGACUCCCCCAAUGCUCCUUUGGUGGCCCCCGGGUCCCGUGACUCCUCGACGCCACCCCUCCGCCCCAUCCUGAAGAAGACAGCUGGCCUGGGCUUCUGCGUCAUCUACGUCCUCUUCGUCACCAGCCUGAUUUUCCCUGCCAUCUGCACCAACAUCGAGUCCCUCAACAAGGGCUCGGGCUCGCUGUGGACCACCAAGUUCUUCGUCCCGCUCACCACCUUCCUCCUCUACAACUUUGCUGAUCUGUGUGGUCGGCAGAUCACUGCCUGGAUCCAGGUGCCAGGGCCCAGAAGUCAGCUGCUCCCUGGGCUUGCGCUCCUCCGGACCUGCCUCGUCCCCCUCUUCGUGUUCUGCAACUACCAGCCCCGCGUCCACCUGCAGACGGUGGCCUUCCAGUCCGACGCCUACCCGGCGCUCUUCACCUCCCUGCUGGGGCUCAGCAACGGCUACCUCAGCACGCUGCCUCUCAUCUACGGGCCCAAGAUCGUGCCCAGGGAGCUGGCCGAGGCCACGGGGGUGGUGAUGUCCUUUUACUUGUACUUGGGCUUGGUCCUCGGCUCGGCCUUCUCCGCCCUGCUCGUGCACCUCAUCUAGGAGGGGGCGAUGGCAAGAACGUCAGAGCCUGCGUGAUGCUCAGUGAGGUGGGGAGGACGUGCCGGGAGGGCUCAGGCGGCCUGCAGGAAGGGCUGGAGGUGGGCUCAGUGCAGAGAGCAGAGCACACUCGGGCCUCAUCUUUCCCAAGGAGCUG